AUGUCUACCAUCGCGAAGCCGCACGCACCUGAGCCCCGUUCCUAUUGUCUGGAUGGGCGAGAAGUUGACCUCCUUCAUUACAUAUAUGGUCGUCCCGAUAUCAAGGAGUUGCGCAACAACCCGCAGAAAGUUCUCGCUGCAAUCGAUGAAUACCACACAAACCACAACAUGCUUAUGAACAUCGGUGGUGUCAAAGGCGCAUACAUUACCGGUCUUAUCUCCGAGCAUAAGCCAUCAACUAUGGUCGAGCUCGGGGGUUACAUUGGCUACUCGGCCAUUCUCUUCGGCGACGCUAUCCGAGCAAAUGGUGGAAAGAAGUUUCUCAGUCUCGAGAAGAAUCCCGAGAUGGCGGCUGUUUCGAGCCAACUGAUUGAUCUAGCCGGCUUGCGCGAUGUGGUACGCGUGCUUGUUGGAUCUAGCGACAAGCUACUUGUUGAACUUGUUCGUGAGCGCAAAGAGAUCGAUCAGAUCGAGAUGCUGUUUUUGGACCAUUGGCAAGAACUUUAUCUUCCUGAUUUGUGGCUGCUCGAAGAUAUGGGUGUCCUCGCCCAGGACAAGUCUCUGCUGGUCGCAGACAAUGUGAUCAUGCCAGGAGCGCCUAGGUACUUGGAAUGGGUGAAGGCGACGCCAGCGCAAAAGCGGGCUAUCGUCAAGAAGCUGAACGUGCAUCCUCUGAAGCCAAAUCCGAACUUGGUGUAUGACACUCAUGUUCCGCAAUUUCAGACUGAUUGGGGAAAGGAUGGCCUAGCGAUCACGAAGAUUGUGGGGGAAGAGGUCGUCUAA